UAUUUCGCAGUUUUUUUGAGACCGUAAUCUAAUCUUGCUGCGAUAAGCGCAGCGCUGGAACCCGGCUUGUAGCACGAUCGCCAGUUACUGCAGUGUCGCUCCACGUGCCAUACAAACGCCGUAAAAAUGGCUCACGCGCUGAAAAAUUUGUCCGUUCAAGUGCUUAAAAACAACAAUGUUGAAGCCAUCGGCGCGGCUGCGGCGAGGGCUAGCCACUGGUGGAGCCAAGUGCAGAUGGGCCCUCCGGACGUGAUCCUCGGUAUCACGGAGGCCUACAAGCGAGACACUGACAGCAGGAAAGUGAACCUCGGCGUCGGAGCAUACCGUGACGACAAUGGACAGCCUUUUGUGCUGCCCUCCGUUAAGAAAGCGGAGGAAGUACUCUACGGCAAAGGCCUGAACCACGAAUACGCCCCGAUCGGCGGCGAGGCGAGCUACACAGACGCCGUGGCCAAGCUUGCCUUCGGAGACAACAGCCCUGUCUUGGCUGAGAAGUCCAACGCCACUGUACAGACCCUCUCCGGAACCGGCGCCCUCCGGCUCGGCUUCGAGUUCCUCGUGAAACACUACGGCGACAAGGAAGUGUGGAUGCCCAACCCCACGUGGGGCAACCACCCGCAGAUCUGCAACACCCUCAAGAUCAACCACAAGAAAUACCGCUACUACGACCCUAAGACCUGUGGAUUGGACUUCCAGGGUGCCCUUGAAGAUAUUAACAAAAUCCCCGAUGGCUCAGUGAUCCUGCUUCACGCGUGCGCGCACAACCCCACCGGUGUCGACCCCAACAAGGAGCAAUGGAAGGAGCUUUCUCAGCUCAUCAAGAAGAAACACCUCUUCCCGUUCUUCGACAUGGCGUACCAGGGCUUCGCGACUGGUGACGUCAACAACGACGCCUUCGCCAUCCGCCAGUUCGUGCAGGACGGACACCAGGUCAUGCUAGCCCAGAGUUUCGCUAAGAACAUGGGUCUAUACGGCGAGCGUGCCGGCGCCCUGACCAUUUGUUGUGGCGACGAAAAAACCGCCAGCAUCAUCAUGUCGCAGCUGAAAAUCAUGAUCCGCGUCAUGUACUCCAAUCCUCCUCUGUACGGCGCUCGCAUCGUGCAGACCAUCCUUAACGACCAGCAGCUCAAGGAACACUGGUUGAAGGACGUAAAGCUGAUGGCCGACCGCAUCAUCACGAUGCGCAAGGAGCUCCGCAAGGGCGUCGAGGGCGCCGGCUCCAAGCUGCCCUGGCAACACAUCACCGACCAGAUCGGCAUGUUCUGCUUCACCGGCCUCAAGCCUGAACAGGUGGAGAAGCUAACCAAGGAGCACCACAUCUACCUCACGAAGGACGGCCGCAUCUCCGUGGCCGGCCUCUGCAACAAGAACGUACACUACGUCGCCGAGGCCAUACACAAAGUCACCGCCUAAAUCAUACAUGCCUUUACUUACACCACGCAGAUAUAAGUUACACGUUAUGGUGGAUGCUACUCGUAUAUAAGAGACGCGAUGAUAGUUCGUCGCUCUCUCUUUUAUUUACACGGGAGCGAUUAUCUUUUGUUCUUUUCUAUCGCCGAUAGCUUAUCGCUUACUCGCUUGUGGUGGGACCAAUCAAGCGCGGAUCCAGCUUCGUGCCCGGGGGGGGGGGGGGGUCACAUGGUAAAGGCCCAGGCCCCAAAGGGGGGUCACGUGGUCUAUUUGUAUGGCCAA